AUGAUCCUCACGCCAGCAGUCCGUCUGGGGAACUCGGGCUUGAAAGUCUCCAGGAUCAUCCUGGGUUGUAUGUCCUAUGGGAGCACGCAAUGGCAACCAUGGGUCCUGACGAAGGAGCAAGGGAUCGAGCAUAUCAAGGCUGCAUACGACGCAGGCAUCAACACAUUCGACACGGCCGAUACGUACUCCAAUGGUCUAUCUGAGAUUAUUCUUGGCGAAGCGAUCAAGACCCACAACAUUCCCCGAGAGAACAUUGUGGUAUUAACCAAGGUAUAUGGUGUCGUUGGAGACAGUCCAGAUGUCAGUCUCUUCGGUGAUCCUAGGGCUGAUUCAGAGGGAUACGUUAAUCGACAUGGACUGAGUCGCAAGCACAUUUUUGACGCGGUGAAAGGAAGCUUGAAACGUCUUCAGGUCGAUUACAUCGAUGUGUUACAAUGUCAUCGAUUCGACUACCAGACACCCAUCGCCGAGACGAUGCAAGCUCUCCAUGAUGUUGUCAAGGCCGGUUAUGUUCGUUAUAUCGGGAUGUCUUCUUGCCAUGCAUACCAAUUUCACGCGAUGCAAAACUAUGCUAUCCACCAAAACCUCACGCCAUUCAUCUCCAUGCAAAAUCACUACAACCUUCUCUAUCGUGAAGAAGAGAGGGAGAUGUUUCCAACACUCAAGAUGUUUGGCGUAGGCUCGAUGCCGUGGUCACCCCUCGCGAGGGGAAAACUGACGAGACCAAUGUCUGAACAGAAAGCUACCCGGCGUGGAGAGGUGGAUAAAGUCUUGAGCAGAUACGCCGGAUCUGAGUCGAUGGAUGCAAUCGUCGCCAGGGUUGAGGCUCUCGCCAAAAAGAAGAACAUCACGAUGGCGCAGCUUUCAAUUGCUUGGUUACUCAGCAAAGAGGGUUACCGCGAAGGUGUGACGGCACCGGUCGUAGGCACAACAUCUGUAGAGAAUCUGACACAGUUGAUCGCUGCGGUACACAUCAUACUUACUGAAGAGGAGAAGAAAUUUUUAGAAGAGCCAUAUCGGCCUUUACCCGUUGUUGGUCACUCGUGA